UCCCGUCUCGAUCAGGGACUUCCUCUCAUCUUGUUGAUUCCCCUCUCCUUGUUCAAUGAGUAGUAGAUAGGUGUCUAGUAGACGUAUCCGCAGUUCCGCACGCGGCAAGGUGUGGUGCGUGCAGAGAACAGGUAGCUAGGAUCAAGAAGAAUCAAUCCAUGGAGCGGUCGCCGGCGCCGGCGCCGGUGGAGGUGCCCAAGUUCUUCGUGUGCCCGAUCUCGCUGGAGGUCAUGCGGGACCCGGUCACGCUGUCGUCGGGGAUCACCUACGACCGGGACAGCAUCGAGCGCUGGGUGUUCACCGACGGCCACGGCGACUGCCCCGUCACCAAGCUCCCGCUGGGCGCCGGCGACCAGGAGCCCACGCCCAACCACACGCUGCGGCGGCUCAUCCAGGCCUGGUGCGCCGCGCACGCCGUCGAGCGCUUCCCCACCCCGCGCCCGCCCGUCGACGCCGACCGCGUCGCCGCGGUAGUGGACGCGGGGAGGAAGGGCGGCCGGCCCGAGGAGCUGGCCGCGCUCAGGGACCUCGCGGACAUCAUCUGCGAGAGCGACCGCAACCGGCGCUGCGUCGAGGGCGCGCCCGGCGCGGUGGAGUUCCUCGUGUCCGUCGUCAAGAAGCAUGCCGCGAGCACGUCGUCGGCCAAGCCUUCGGGCGGAUCCCGAGAGGAAUCGGCGCACGAUGUGCAGGAAUCGGCGCACGAUGUGCUGGAAUCGUCCAAGGGAACCUCGCCGGAGGAGGCGGCCCUGAGCAUGCUGCAUUCGCUCAAGCUCUCGGAGGAGACGCUGAAGAGAAUCCUGGAGAGCAGCGACGAUCUCGUGGACACCCUAGCGUCCGUGCUGCGGUGGCCGAGCCACCGGGCGCGCACGUACGGGAUGCACCUGCUGAAGGCGGCGCUGGCGGCGGUGCAGCCCUCGCGGCUGAGCUCGGCGAGCGCCGAGCUGAUCGAGGGAGUGGUGCGGGUGGCGGUGGACAGGGCGCUGCCGCCGAAGGCCGUCAAGCUGGCUCUCCACGUGCUCUGCCGGCUCUGCCCGUGGGGCCGGAACCGCAUCAAGGCGGUGGAGGCCGGCGCCAUGGCGGCGCUCGUGGAGCUGCUCCUCAACGAGGGGUGCGGCGGCAGCACUACCGGCGGCAAGCGGGCGGGCGAGCUCGCGGCGGUGGCGAUCGACCAUCUGUGCGGCUGCGCGGAGGGGCGGCAGGAGCUGGUGGCGCACCCGGCGGGGCUGGCGGCCGUGGCGCGGGCGGCGACGCGGCUGUCCCCCACGGGCACCGAGAGCGCGGUGCGCGCGCUGCACGCGGUGGCGCGGCACUCGGCGACCCCCGCGGUGCUGCAGGAGAUGCUGGCCGUCGGGGUGGUGGCGAGGCUGCUGUACCUGGUGCAGGCCGGCGCCGCCGGCGAGCGGCCGAGGGAGAGGGCGAGGGAGAUGCUCAAGAUGCACGCCAGGGUGUGGAGGGGCUCGCCGUGCCUGGCGUCGCACCUGGCAUCCUCCUACCCUUGCUGAUCCAUAUCGCAUGACGCGCGCGGCCGGGCAAGAUCGUGGUCGAUCUGGUGACCAUUUUUCACCUUCGAUCGAUGAUCUUGUCGUCUCAUCGUUCCUACGUUCGCAAAACCCUUUUUUUUUUCUCUGCUUCAUUUUUGCAUGUAAAGAUUUUACUAUUCUUAAACCGCAAGGUUUGAUGUGUAACUUCCCCACCAAUAUGGGGAGAUUGGGAUUGGAAAUAGAGAUACGUUACACUAGUAUAUAAAAUCUAACA